AUGCCUAGGGAGAUCAUUACCAUCCAGGCUGGCCAGUGCGGCAACAGCAUUGGGAGCCAAUUUUGGCAACAAUUGUGUGUGGAGCACGGUAUCAGUCAGGACGGAAAUCUUGAGGACUUUGCGACUGAAGGAGGAGACAGGAAAGAUGUCUUCUUUUACCAGAGCGACGACACGCGUUAUAUCCCUCGAGCCAUAUUGAUAGACUUGGAGCCAAGGGUCAUACAAGGUAUCCAGAAUGGACCAUAUAAAAACAUCUACAACCCAGAGAACUUCUUCGUUGGAUCCCAAGGCAGCGGCGCUGCAAAUAAUUGGGGCACUGGAUAUUCAAAUGGAGACAGCGUGCAAGAAGAGAUCUUCGACAUGAUUGAUCGCGAAGCCGACGGCAGCGACUCACUUGAAGGCUUCAUGCUUUUACAUUCAAUUGCUGGUGGGACCGGCUCUGGUCUUGGGAGCUAUAUCCUCGAGCGCAUGAACGAUCGAUUUCCCAAAAAGCUCAUUCAGACGUACUCAGUAUUCCCGGACACGUCAGGAGGUGGAGAUGUGGUAGUCAAUCCAUAUAACAGUAUUCUAGCAAUGCGUCGAUUGACGGAGAAUGCGGACUCCGUAGUUGUGUUAGACAACGGCGCAUUAUCGAGGAUCGCGGCAGACCGAUUGCACGUUCAAGAACCAUCCUUUCAACAGACCAACCAGCUUGUUUCGACGGUCAUGUCCGCCAGCACCACGACUUUGAGGUAUCCCGGCUACAUGCAUAACGAUCUUGUUGGUAUUGUUGCCGCUCUCAUUCCCACGCCCCGCUGCCACUUCCUCAUGACAUCUUAUACCCCGUUUACCGGAGAUAAUGUCGACCAAGCAAAAACGGUACGAAAGACAACGGUCCUAGACGUCAUGAGAAGACUGCUACAGCCGAAGAACCGGAUGGUGUCCACGACGCCAAGCAAGACAAGCUGCUAUAUCAGCAUCCUUAAUAUCAUUCAGGGUGAAGCUGAUCCAACGGAGGUACACAAAUCUUUGCUCCGCAUACGUGAGCGUCAAUUAGCAACAUUCAUACCAUGGGGACCUGCUUCAAUUCAAGUGGCAUUGACGAAGAAAUCGCCCUACCUGCACAACACACACCGGGUGUCUGGACUUAUGCUUGCAAACAACACAUCGAUUGCCACACUCUUCAAGCGAAUAGUCGUACAGUACGAUAAGAUGCGAAAGCGCAACGCCUACCUUGAUGGCUAUAAAAAGACCGCCCCAUUUGCAGACGGGUUCGGCGAGUUCGAUGAGGCUCGGGCGGUAGUCAGUGAUCUGAUCGGCGAGUAUGAAGAGGCUGAGACGGAUGCCUAUUUGGACCCAGAUGCAGGGAAAGAGAAAGCAGAGGCAGGGUAG